GGCGCCUUUCAACGGCUGCCCAUGGUUGCGCCCAGCAAGGAGCUGCUCGACUCGGCCGUGCGCCGCGCCGCACGCGUGCCGUACAACAAGAAGCUGAAGAAUGAGGCGCAAAAGGCCAAGAACAGGCGCGCUAUGCUGGGCUUGAGCAUGCAAUGCAUGGCUGCGCGGGCUCUGGACACGCUCAUGAAGGAGCUGUGCGUUCCUCUAGGCACCUACAUCAAGGGCUUCCCGCAGCCCGCCCGCCUUCACCCCUUUGAACGUGCUCUGCUGGAGCUGACGGUGGGGCCCGGCACCUACGAGCGCGUGCUGGCGAGGGUGGAAGCGCUGCGGCGAUCCACCGUGGAGGUGGGCAAGGCGUACGCGACGCGCGCUUCCCGUGCCGUCAACAAGAAGGAUGCGGUGGCGCUGCAGGAGGAGGGCUUUGAGCGCCUGCAGGCUGUGUUCAGCCGCGGAAGCUAUGCAGUUGACGAGCUCAAAGAUGUUGCCAAGAGCCUGCGGCGUCUGCCGGUGGUGGAGCCAGAAGUGCCCACGGUGGCGCUGGUGGGCGCGCCCAACGUGGGCAAGUCGUCGCUGGUGCAGCUGCUGUCCAGCGGGCUGCCCGAGGUGCAGAACUACCCCUUCACCACGCGCAGCAUCAAGAUGGGCCACUUUUUCGUGUUGGGCCGCCGCCACCAGAUCACAGACACCCCCGGCCUGCUGAACCGCGCCGAGGAGGAUCGCAACGCCAUGGAGCGGCUGACGCUGGCAUGCCUGCAGCACCUGCCCACCGCUGUGCUCUUUGUGGCCGACCUGACCGGCGAGUGCGGCACCGCGGUCGUUGAUCAGUGGCACAUCAGGGAGGAGCUGCGGGCGCGGUUUGUAGGCAAGCCCUGGGUGGACGUGCUGUCCAAGGCGGACCUGUUG